GAAUUUUAAGCGUCGAUCAAUUCCUUUUAAGUUAUUCUACACUGAGCUCUUGAUGAGUUCGGACAGUUUCGCAACUCUAGGCACAAUGUGAUUUUAGGAAAGGGUAGGCAUAACAACAUAGAAAAAUCAAAGACUCCAAAGAUGGCGCUUCUGCCGUUGUUGCUAAUUCUGGCAAAUAUCUGCAGUGGACAAGCUCUGUAUUUUGAGGAUGGAUAUGAUCACCAUUACACCUAUUCCUCGGUGUCGGAUAUUCUAGGGAUGCACAAUGUUACAACCAUUAUUAAGUUCCGCAUUAGAUCUGUGAAUGAGACGAACAGCGGAGAGUCUCUCAACCAAUUAAUGGUGGACAGUUUUGUGCAACACUCGGAAAAAGGCUACGUCGUGGAUAAUCCAAAUCAUUGGCAGUUUAGUCACAAAUUCUUCUUUACGGUUGGAAAUGAUGGACUCGUGACCUUCGUGCACUUCCAUCCUGAAGAGAAAAAUGAAAUUCUGACAAUGAAAAAAGUCCUGGCAAGCACCUUAUCUGUCAAAGUACAGAUUGAGACCGGAAGUAGCUGGCGAUUCACAUCAAAUGAAGAAGAUCAUACAGGUCAUUUGGAACACGAGUAUGAAGUCUCCCGGCACACAGAUGGUAUAACAUUCGUGCGCAAACAUCAGAGUUCAAAAGAUGUCCACAGACUGCAUAAUAAGACAAUACAACUUGACCUGAAAGGCACGCCGGUGUACGUUGAUUCCGUAGAUAACAUAACUCUGCGGCAUACCCCGUCUAAAGUCUCCAGAAAAUCAAUGGAUGGGUUUCAGGAAAUAGAAGAUGAACAGUCUGGAGAAUUUCCGAAGAUUGGUUCUAUAUCAAGAAGUAAAGUGAAAAUGACAUCUAAAAGGAAGCAUAAUGAGUGGACAACACACAGCCUUUCGAACAUGCAAAAGGAUACACUGACUGUGAGAGAGAAACCCCGAGAGAAAGUGUCACUCAAAAAAGUUGAGAAAGAAAUAUAUCGUUAUCUGGCCUGUGUACAUUCCAUACAAAACAAAUAUGACAGAAACAGGACUGAAUGUGUACAUAACCUAAGACAGCUAAUAUAUUCACUGAAAAAAGAAGACUUUCUGCAAUUAGGCAACGACGUCCUGACACGUCAAUGCGAAGGGAACGAUGUCUUAUGCAACGAUGAAAGAAAUCUAUUCAUAGAUAUUAUAGCGCGCGAAGGAAGUGCAGAAGCUCAGCUGUUAGUACUUGAUUUAGUUAUGAGAAGUCCCAAUGUUACUGAAGACGACUUAAGAAGAUGCUUGUUCCACGCUAUUGCCAUACCUACACCAGAACUGGAAAUAGUACAGCAUAUUGAACACCUUUGCUUGGAUGAAGAUGCCAAACCAGGAGAAACCCCAACCCUGACAAAGACGAGAAAAAGAGCAUGUCUGUCACUGGGAGCCAUGGCUAAAUCUCUACAUGAUAAGAACGUAACAGAGUCUGACAGAAUUGUUGAGAAACUUGAAACUUGGCUGGACCAUCACAAUGAAACAAGAUCAAUGAAUAUCGUGAAACCGCGGGAGAGAAGAUCAAUCAUUCAGCAUGAUAUGCCAGCCCGGAAGCACAUCGAAACCAAAAUGGUACUUAUACAGAGUCUUGGUAACGCUGGAAAGCAGAGAUCAUUAAAGCACAUCAAGUCCUAUAUGGAACCAAAUGUUGGUGUCACUGCAUGGCGUAGAGCAGCUAUACACAGUCUGAGGCACUUCUCUUGUAACGAGAGUGCGCAUGCUCUUUUGACAAGUGCGGUGCAUGAUGGUGAUGAUAUUGUAAGGAAAACAGCAACAAGUGUUCUCAAGAAGCACCCAAAAAGUGACAAUUUUACAGUGGAGCAUGAAAACGUAGUUUUAAGCAAGAAUUACAGUUACCCUAUUGUUUCCCGUGUACGAAGAAGCUUGCUGCAGACUUUGGAGCAGGGCAUCCAAGUGCUUAUCAAGCCUCCUGGAAUAGAAUGGGAUAAAACAAUCGGAACAGAAAAUAUUGGAGCCAGUUUUGGUCUUCAUAUACGUAAUAUCCUAGACCUGAAACUAGCACUGCUAAGCGGUCAUUUUAUGGUAGAUGUUUACGAUGGGGCGUAUGCAGAAGCCCAUGUUGGAAUGAUCAACUUUCAAGUAGAUAUUGUCAAGGCAUAUGUCUGCUUCAAAGGCCGUAUUGCAUAUGAUCUUAAUGUUUUAAAGGACUUCGGAAUAAACAGCCUGUCAGACUUGGUGCAUAUCUACGACAAAAUUGUUGCCAAAAUAGUUACACCUAUAACAGAUGCUGUGAAAGCUUUCCGGGACAUCAUCAUGUUGUUUAAGGGGCGAAGUCUUACGGAUAUCGUGAACACUAUCGUACAAACGGUGAAGAAUCUACCCACUAUACUAGGCGAUGUUGCAAAAAGGCUAUGGGAGUUUGUCCAGGAAAUAUUUAGCAUUGCGGGCUCCACCAUCCUCGAAGAAAUCAAGAUCAUCAUUCAAAACGUCCGUAAUUUCGUAGAUGGUGUCAAACAGGACGUUUUGAAAUUCUACAAUGAUAUAGUGGACGCUGUAACAAUGGGGCUACCAUACAUUUCGAAGAAAAUUGUUGAUGCAUUUAACCUUAUAGUAAGCUCCCUUGCACAGCUACUAAACAAUCCCAUGCAGGCAAUUACAUCAAUGUCAAGGGGAAUAUCGAACAUAAAGAUGGCUAUCACAAUGGCUGUAGACGUGAAAAAUAAAGUGAUUGAUGCCUGCAUGUUCCUGAAAGGUCGAGCAGUUGAAUGGCUGAACACAGCUAAGCAAAUACCCAGUAUACUUAAACGUCUAGGUGAAGCUUUAAAGAAACUCAUUAAGUCAAUCACAGGCCGGAAACGUCGUGAUCUAGAAUCAGAAAUGACUACUGCCCUUAGUGAUGGUGUCGGAGACAUGAAAAACUCCUUGCAUAACCUUGAAAGCGAUUUAAGAGCAAAAUGGGACAAAGUUUUGGAACCUCUUAAGCCUCUGAUAGAUAUUGUGCAACCAUUUGUUGAUGAAUUCAAAGCAAUUAUGGAUCUAAUAAAAGGAGUGAAAUGGAGUUACAAGAAAGUGAAAGAAGUCAUCGAAACCAGCAAGUCCCUCGUUCAGAAGGUAUUUGGGCCAAAAUUUCACCGAAGUUUUCCGACAGAAAGGCGUAAAGGGAAAGGAGGCUGCAAAGAUGGCGUGUGGCCAACAACAACUCAGGAUACGUACCAGACAACAGGUGUUGAUUUGGCACUUGGCAAGGGCCAAUCGAUUGUGAUGCCAGUAAACGGAAUCUUGCAUGUUGAGGCAGAUAAAAAUAGAGUGGUCGUUCAACCGAUAGAUCCUGAAUUUAUAAUAUUAGAGGUUAUCAUUGAAAAUAUAAAUCCGGAACUAAAGUUUAAUGGGAAACAAGUAAAGGCCGGAGACAAAAUCGGACGAGCAACAAAGGCGCCAAAAUGCGAGCCAAACUAUAUCCACGUGUCGGUACGACAGGCAAGGAAUGAAACAGUCCCGGAUGCUGAUUAUGAUUACACUGAUCCAGGACCAUUUUUAGACAGAUUGGUUCCCAUUCCGAAGUGGAUACAAGAAUGCAACGAUCACGAGUUUAGGUACAUUGGACAAACCUUUGAAUCGGGUGAGACGGACGAGGAAGAAGAGCCUGACUCAAAGGAAGAAACAGUAGAGAGAGACAAACCUGAUUUUGAUGAACUAGAUGAUAUGUUAGGGGAUGAAGAUCCUGCAUAUCGUCCGGAUGAUCCCUCACUAUAUGAUCCUGAAUCUUUUGGAGACAGUCUGAAAAAGAGCUUGCAGGAACAGACUAAGAAGUUUGCUGAUUUCUUUAAAACUGCUUUAUUUGGCAAAGGCGGGCCAAAAGUUCCGAACAUUUUGGACAUCGUAAAUGUGAAUAACAAGACUGUUACUUGGGUAUUUGGAAGUCUGACGGGGGGCAAACAACUAUACAAAGAUUUCAGCGAACUAGUUGACAAACUUCGUUGUGCGAUGGUGGCUACCCCAGUGGGGAAUCCAGCUACAAUGUCUUUGUCUUUUAUCAAGAAAUUCAUGAAACUUCAUGGAGUUGCGACCUCUUCUAAAGGCGGAGAUAUAAGCAACGUAGCAGACAGCCUCAUGGCAACGGCAGGAAAAAUGUGUCCAAAUUUCAAAGACAGGAUUGCUGCCGGUUUUGGUCAUGUUUGCACUGUGCAUGAUAAAUGUUGCCUAGGUAUCACGUGCAGUGUACCAGUUCCACUUGGCGCAAAAACAAAACACAUGGAGUUCAGUGUCAGUGUUGACCCUGGAAAUGCAAAAAUACAAUUUAAAGUUAAUGGGAUAUCAGUUGAAUUUGGGGUUGAUGGAGUGGACGAGGAGUACAACACUGGCAUCAAACUAUUCGGCAUGAAAGUGUACAUUGUCGCAAAUGCUAAGUUAAAGAAUAGCAUCAUCUCCCUUACUGCUGAAGUUAAACUCUGCACGGGACUUUUUGCCACCUGUCUUCCACCUAUAGAGUUGUUUCAUAAUAUGAAAUUUGAUGUAGGAAUAUCGUGUCAACACAAACGAUCUGAUAGUACCUGCUCUAUAUCAAACAAGGCACAAAUUCUCGAGAUGACAAUACCUACUUUUGUAGCACAGCUUGGGGAAUAUCAGUUGUUAGACCACAAGGUUACAAAAGUUCUCGAAGAUGUCAGAGAGACAGUUGUGAAAGAGCUAAUGAAAGAGCUUGUAGAGAAGUUGGGCGCGAUUGAAAAGGAGUUCAAAAACAAAGUUGAUUUCUGCGUCAGUGCCAACAUUCCUGUACCUCCAUUUGAUAUAAUUUUCUUCGACGUGAGGCAGCAUUUUAUGGUCGGGCCUGUUCCACUAUCAUUAGGGUUUGGUGCUGGUGGAAGUGUAGGUAUGGGUGUAAAAGUUGGUCUUUGCGUACUCAGCAUGACAACACAGUUGACAUUGACACCAUGGGUAGGAGGUAAAGUUUGGGGCGAUGCCGCAAUUGAUAUUUUUAUCGCCAGGGGAGGAAUCCGGUUGAUUGGAUACUUAAUGGAAACCAAAUUUCCUAUGACUACUGAACUUGUUUUUUCCAAAUAUCCAAUUGAUGUAGGAGCAAAGAUGGAUAUGGUACUAACACCGCUUCGUCUUCAACUGAAAGCUUUCGCAGAACUGAACCUUUUCUUCACGCGUGUAACAGUGUUUGAAGGCUUAAUAUGGCAGUAUGCAGUUCCGACAAUUCGCAAAAAUAUAUUUCAUAAGAAGAAACGCGACGAUGAUCCCUCUCCUCCGGCAGUUUUACCGGCUACAAUAAACGAACGAAGGAAAAGGUCCGGAACUAGAGGUUGUAUCGUCCAGCAGAUUUCCGGAAGACCGUACUAUGAUCCGGCAUUUAGACUUGAAAUGCACGCACAAGAUGAGGUCAGCGAGGUCAAAUUAUUCUAUGCAAUAGGAACACAUCGUGGUGGUACAAACGUUGUUGAUUGGACCGACAUGGGCGGUAAUUCCCUUAUGGUACCAUCAAAACUUCCUGGAGGCAUUCCUCUAUACUGGUCUGUGAAAGCGAAGAACAGUCAAGGUUUAGAAUCAAUAAGUCAAUGUUCGCUUGACACUUACGACAGCACUCUGCCAGACGGAAGAGUGGAACAUUCUUACACGUUUUCCAGUCACCCGAAUAAGAUAAUUGCAUCUGUUAUAGCCUUUGAAGACAGUCCUUUAGUUGAAACUCAUUACAAAGCUGUAGGAUUUAGUCCUGGUCAAUUUGGGUCUCAAUUUGUUGACUGGCAGGUGCUGCGACUUGACCAUUCUACGACAAGAGAAGGUGCGCCAGGUGCGUUAAAGCAUUUCACCAUACCGAGGGAAGGAAAAUUAGUCGCCUGGAUUCUGCAGUCACAGAAAACUCCUAACGCAGGGGUAUGUGCACAGAGAUGCAUUGACUAUGGGUCUAACUGCGUGUCAUUCGACUACGAACAUCACUCGGAGACAUGCGACUUCCAUGAUGUUGUGCAAGGUGCUAAUGCCUAUCUACGUAUAAGUGGGACUUAUAGCAACUACGAAAGGCUUGGCAGUGGAUACCAUACUCCAACAGAAUAUUCCGACCUACCGCUAACACAUGGAUCAACUUAUUUUGUAAAUGCAAAAGUAAGAAACGUUUUAGGCUAUGAUGCAUAUCUUCUUGGAGAGGGUACAAUGGUAGACUUUACUCCACCGGAACCUGGUACUAUAAAGAAUGCACGUAAAGAUAUUCUGCAGGCAGACAAAUGCACUGCCGCUGUCACCCAACAAUGCAUAGAUGUCACUUGGAAAGAUAAUCACAGAAUAAUCAUAGAUGGACCAGGAUCUGGCACAGUUUUUAAUGGACAUGAACCAUUGUUUGACGAGCUUUACACGCUGACGAACCAUUAUGUUUCUGCCAACUGGAAAGGUUUCCAUGACGAUGAGAGCGGACUCUGGGGCUUUACAUGGGCUGUUGGCCGAGAUGUUUGUGGUACUGAUGUAGUUCCAUACAAAGACCCUUAUGCACAUCUGACCAGUAAGAAAUUUUGGACAGAUUCCGGAUUCCAAAAGGGCAUUCAUCUCACAGAUGGUCCAUACUAUGUAACAGUCCAGGCAUUAAAUGGUGCAGAACUUGGCGGAUCACUUGUCACCACUGUAUGUCAUUCCACACCUUUUGUCGUCGAUACUACUCCACCUGUCUUCAAUGGUGUAACAGAUAUCAUAUAUGACGAAGACUUUGAUCUAAUUGCUAUCUAUUACAAUGCAACGGAUCAUCUUUCAAAGAUUGCUGAUGCUGAAUUCGGACUCGGCAAAACAAAAUAUGAUGUUCAGUUGAAGCCAUACAGCCUUCAUGCAUCUAUGGAUAGGGAUGAUCCUUUUGUCGCAGUAGAAGAACUUGGUUUACAAGAAGGCAUCCCUGCUUGGAUUCGUAUUCGAGUAACGAAUAACGUUGAACUAUUUACGGCUGGACACGGUGAUGAGCCAAUAUUAAUUGACAAGUCUCCUCCAAUAGCUGGACAUGUUUUAGAUGGUGAUAGGCUUCGCAAGGACCGCGCAUUCCAGGCCGAUGAUGACAAAAUAUGUGCACAGUGGGUUGAAUUUUUCGACCCAGAGUCUGGAUUGGACAGGUUUUUAUGGGGAGUAGGAACUAAGGCUGGUGAAGACAAUGUUGUCAAGUUCCAUAAUCUUACAAGAUAUGAGAAAUCAUCAUGUGCACCGGCAACAUUGGCACAUAACCGAAUGUACUACUCUACAGUUUUUGCCUAUAAUAAUGCUCUGAAUUCGAAGUCAACCAAUAGCUCCUCAGAUGGAGUGCUCGUCGACGUCACCCCUCCAAUUUCUGGUCACGUAAAAGAUGGCAAGAAGAAUGAAGGCGAACUCAGUUUCAGUUCGGAAACAGUAUCCAAAUUUGCUAACUGGGAUGGAUAUUAUGACCCAGAAAGUGGUAUAGAUCACUACAAGGUCGACGUAGUCAUAAACAAUGAAGAAAAGGGAACUUUUGAAGCCGGAAAGCAAUCGGAAUUUGAAGACCAUACAAUAUCGAUGGAACAUCAAGAUCAAGUUGUGUUUACUGUCUAUGGAGUAAACGGCGCUGAUCUGGAGAAUGCGUCGAACAGCAAUGGAUUCAUGGUAGAUUUGACGACUCCAGUUUUAAGAGAUAUCUCUGAUAAUAACAAAAAGUUGACAUACCAGAGCGACAAUACAAAGAUGGAUCUUACGUAUGAAUUUGAAGACCCUGAAUCUGGCAUUAAAGAGUAUAGAAUUAUAAUUUAUGAAACCAAAUAUGGCGUGAAACAGAAAUUCUGGCCGAGGGACAGUCACUAUAACAUUUCUCAACCACCCACGCCGUUCUUCACAAAAAUAACCACACUUUUAAAUGGAUUGUCAAUGACAGAUGGUGCUCAGUAUUCACUUCACGUGACGGCAUUGAAUAGAGCUCUUUUGGCGUCCUCGCACGAGACUAGUGGUGUAACAGUUGACACAACGGAACCUCAACCACCAAAAGUUCAUAUCGGACUUUUUAAAGACGAAGAAGAAUUGGACGAGGACGGAAACAUUUUACAUGAUGAUCAGAAUGGAAUCCGUAUCAGCUGGUCCGGACGAGACUCUGAAAGUGGUAUUAUAAAUUACCGUAUUGCCAUAGGAACCACCGAUGCGCCGUAUAGUAUCCUUAAUUUCACUGAUUACGGAAAAGACGUAACUGCUUACAUACAAAAUAUUCAUUUCGAAACAACGAGUGCAUCGGGUAUCAGAUACGUAGUAACUAUAAUCGCAGUAAAUGGAGCAGGCCUACAGUCCAAAGAAGGAAAAUCAAAACCAAUCUUCGUUCAGAAAGCUAAUGUUCCUGGUAUUGUUUUCGAUGGUAGAAAUUUAUAUGUAGACGAGAUGUACACCACCGAUUAUACGUCGAUUGCUGCAUCAUUCUAUGGGUUUGAAAGUGAAAGCUGUAACAUCAUUAGCUACGACUGGGCAAUCGGCACUACUGAAUACGGGACAGACAUUCAGACUUAUACAAACUAUGGCCUUGUGAUGUUGAACGAAACGCAUGGUCAGUGCCAGAUUCAUAUAGAGCUGUUUGAAGAUACAACAUACUACAUUACAAUCCGAGCCGUGACUGGAUGCCGAGAUGAAUAUAUAUUGUCAUCGUCCGACGGCAUCACGCUCGACAGAAUACCACCGGAAGUUACAUAUGAAAUAGAAGACUCGAAUGACACUAGCAUUAUUAAUGUUAACGAUGUUAUUUACCAGGGUUCUGCUGACACGCUUUCAGUUUCCUCUAAUGUAACAGACAAAAAUUCUGUUGCCUCAGUUCAAUGGGCUUUAGGAUCACUGCCACUUUUAGAUGACCGUCACCCGUAUACAGAAGAUUUUUCCGAUUUAACAAGCGUUGUGACACUCACUCCAGGACAAGCUACCUUCAUUACAACAAACACUUCGGACAAAGCUGGAAAUGUUAAUAUUACGUCAUCUUUCGCUAUAAUUGCUGAUUCAACAGCACCGCUGAUAAGAAACUUCGACUGUACAAAAUAUAUGUCUUCUCGGAAAAGCCUCCUUACCUGCACAUGGGAUACAGUAGAAGAGUAUGAAAGCUUGGUUGACAAAGUUAUUAUUUCCAUUGGAUCUAACAGUACUUCAUCUGAUAUUUUAGACAAGUAUGUUGUCCCAAGAAUGUUCAGAUCAUUCAGCAGAGAUCUGAAUAACCACAUUGAUAGUAUACAAAACAUGACAUCCAUGUUUGUAAAUGUUAGAAUCGAAAAUGUCAUCGGGCACCUGAAAACGUAUGGGAGGGAAGUUGUUGUUGAUAGAUCAGUUCCGGCAACACAACAACUUGCUGUCGUGACAAAUAUUGGAACAGGAAACGUAACAGAACAUCAAAGGUGCCAGCUUCCACGAGCGUUUGCAGAGCUGCACCCCUAUGGUAUCGUCGACGAAGAAUCUGGAAUUGACCAUGAAAGAUUUGAGGUUGCUAUUGGUUAUACACCGUAUGGGACUAAUAUCCUUGAAUAUACACCAGUAAAGCUUGAGGCCAACGGUAUUAUCUUUGUUGAUGGAUUUAGCUUACAUGAUGGAGCAAUAUUUCACGCUACAUUGCGAGUAUACAACCAUGCUGGAUUGAAAAUGGAAGUCACUUCUGACAGUGUUGUAAUAAGUCAGUCUCCAGUUCUAUCAGUCAGCGAUGGAGACCAGGAGAAUGACAUAGACUAUCAGUCCGUACCAAAUCUCAUUCAAGGGAAAUGGAUAUAUUCCGAUCUCUGCCCUGUCAAGGAAGCGUCCUGGUCAGUAAGUGAUCUUACUGGAAAAGUGCUAUUUGACUUCCAGCCAAUUCCAUCGGCAGCGAAGUUAUUUUACAACGACGAGGUGGCAUUGGAGAAUGGAAUGAAGUAUAUAGCUACAGUUAAAACUGUAGAUUUCCUCGGCCGAACUAAAAUUGCGAGAUCAGACGGUGUCUCCGUUCGAAUACAACCACCACUACCUGGACUGGUCAGAGAUGGUCUUCAAGAAGAUUUGAAUUAUCAGUUCAGUACAUCGGAAUUAUCUGCCAACUGGGAUAAUUUUGGCGAUGGCUCAAACGAUCCUACCCAAUCCAUACACCAUUAUGAAGUAGCCAUUGGAAACGACAGGCGUUAUGCAAAAACGCGAUCCAACAUACAUUUUUUCGUCGACGUUGGUCUUAAUACUUCCUUUACUUUCAAAAAUCUAAACUUAACAUCAAAAUUAGUGAAAUUUUACAUAACAGUGCGUUCAUACAGUAUGGCAGGAGGUUAUACGGAAGGUUAUUCAAACGGCAUAAGAGUCGGUUUCAACGACGACAUCAGCGCAGGUUCAAUGUCUGUUAGUAAAUACCAAUCAUCAACCACUUCCGUGGAGGUGUCAUGGACGGGAUUUAGAUCAGAUAUUGACAUAAUUGACUACAUAAUUGGCAUAAGUAGCCACGACAAUAUUAUAACAAAUGAUACCCGUAAAUGUACAAUGUUUUACAGAAAUAUCACGGAAUAUGAUAUUUCUGAAUUAACAAGUGUUAACAAAAAUGAGUACAAGAAAGUGAACGGUCUCAGUCUCAGCCACGGAGACACAUUCUAUGUUACAGUCAUUGCCAAAGACGAAGCCGGAAUGUGCAUCGGCAUAACAAGUGAACAGAUUCUUGUUGAUACCUCUCCACCGAAUAAAGGCUCCAUCUUUGUUAACAACAUCCUAAGUCAGACUGUGCUCUUUGCAGACUCAAGCUCUGAAAUACAUAUAAGAUGGACCAACUUUACAGAUAAAGAAUCUGGAGUGAUGAAAACAAAAGUUUUUCUAUUCCAAUGCAAGGCUUGUGGUAUUGCAGACGUAUCAAACUCAGAUUGUUUUGUUAUAGGCGAUAAUACGGUAGAAAAUGAUGAUAAAACCGCUUUCUAUGAACUUGAGCUGGAUUCAGAAAGUGUUUAUUACGUUGUUUUGAAUUUUACAAAUGGAGCUCAGUUGGUAACGCAUGUACAAAGUGAAUCAAUUUUAAUUGAUACCAGCGGUCCGUUACCCGGAAAGGUUAAAAUUGCCAAGAACUGGUACUCUGUUGACACAUUCCAGUAUUCUACAUCUGAACUGCGUGGGUUAUUGGCAAUAGCAUCAACGUCCGAAGAUUAUGUAUGCCCGACACAAAAGCACUACUUUCCAGUGAAUGUUGACACCGAGUUUGGAACAUUUUCUGAUGAUUUUAGUACAGACUUUGUUGCCGUAAAUCGUUCCGGAGCUUUCCUCGGUAUUGGUUACAAUGCAGACCUGACUGAAAUAACUAAGUCAAGCAUUGUUUCAGAUCCACUUCCGCUACAACGAGGCAAUUAUUCUUUCACUGCCCGGAUUGCGACAGGAGAAAACAUUAUAACAACAGUCGCUCUUAUAACAGAUAGUGUCGCUGUCCCAUUUAACAUAGAUGAAAAACCUGUAGAAGUUGAAUUUGAUGAAAGCGUCUUUGAAAAUAUGACUGGACUUGAAGCCCCAGAAACAAAUGUCACCGACACUUUAAACAUAACUUCAACGGUACCAACUAUAACUACAAGAAAGGCUGGAGCUUUUGUACCUACUAAUACAAAUGCGUCAAAUACGGACACUAAUUUUGAUAAUGACGAAUACGGGUUUGGAAUUCAUUUUCUCGGAUAUAAAAUUGCAGCAAAUAAAAAUUGGCACCAUCAAUUUUGGGCUCGGAAUAAGUUUACCAGUAUACAAAGAUGGUUCAGUGUACCAUUUGAUCCUUCUUCGGAGAACCAUAGAUAUACUGUUCUAGUGGAAAAGAAAUCGGAAUAUCUAGAAACAACUUUAGAUCUUACAUUAAUUGUUGAUGGUGAGGAAAUUAUAAACAUUGCAGGUUUCAAAUUCUAUGGCGACAUGAAAAUAUCAGCACUUACUUGGAACGAAGACGGAUACAAACCCCCAAUAGAAAAUGUUUACCACCCUUUCUACAGCGACGCUAUAAUUAAUAAGAUAGAUAUACCGGACGAAAAAGAUAAAAUGUGUCGACACGGACGAGGAUUUUAUGACGAGGAGAGCAGCGUCAAAGAGAUUUGGCUAGGAGUGUCUGACAGUAAAUUUGAAUUUGGUAACGUCGUUUCACUUUCACAUUAUAAGACAUUUUGUUAUCCUUGCAAGGGUCUAUGUCAAAGUCUUUGCAAACAGCCAUGUUCAUACGAGCGGCUUUCUGGUGGCUUUGAUCUUAUUCCUCUUGAAGUUAAUGGACUGAACAUGGAAUCUCCGAACAUAGAAGAUACGUGCAGUAAUGUUACCAGUGAUUCACAGUGUAACAGUACAGCAUACUACAUCAACGUGAAAGUUGUCAAUUUCGCUGGUAUAGAAUCGUUAGCUUAUUCUAAUGCAAUACAAAUUGAUCUUACACCACCAGAAUGUGAAUAUGUGAAAUGUCUAGAUCCUGACUACAGUGAAGACGAACCAACCAAACAUUUAGGGUCUAGUUCCAAUAUUGGUGCGUAUUGGAAUUGCUCCGAAGAUGUAAGUCAGAUAGAAAAUUACGCUGUACGUAUAUUUGAUUCCUCCAGCAAUCAAACGGUAAUGAACAGUACUUCAGUUGGUCUAAAGACAAAGACUGGAUUCAAAUUAGGGAAUGGAACGUUCAAAGACGGUAAAAACUAUACCGUAGAAGUAACAACAGUAAAUACUGCCGGUCUUUCGGUGAUGACAAGCUGUCAAGUACAAGUAAGUCUUUAUCCGCCAGAUACAUCGGGGGCAGGGACAAAACCGUUAUAUACAGAAGCCUCGGAUACACCAGCUGAUGAGGAUACGCCCUACUGGACCUCGUCACAGACAGAAAUAGGAAUAGAAUGGCAAGGUGGAAACUCCCAAAUAGAAUAUUAUGAAUGGCAAAUUGGAACGUUGAAAAAUGGAAGAGAUGUAUUUCCACCAGUGAAAGUCGGUCAAAAAAUGGUCGGUUCGUCCGCUAUUGUUCACGGAAAACUUGAAUUCGACAAAAAGGCAAUAAAUAAAUCGGUGGCAGAAUUUAGAAACAUGUCAGGUAUGACGCCGGAAGAAAUCCAAAAUCUGACAGGAACAAACGAAAGAGAAAAGUCUUUCUUCAAUAUGGAACCAGGGCGGUGUAUUCACCAGUCACUGUAUGCCAUAGGUUAUUCCCACCUAAAAAGUAAAAUUCAAGGGAAAACUGUUUGUGUAAAACGCAGGAAUGAUAUAUUCUUAAACGGGACUAUGAAGAAAGUGAAAGCUUCCAAAUCAAAGUCGUCAGAUACUUGGAGCCUAAACGUUGUUACUGAACCGCAAAUUGUGAUAGAUGCUACUCUGGUAGCUGGAGGUUUAGGCUUAGGAACAUUAACAAAAACUGAUCUGUCCAACGACUAUGGCAGUGCGGCUACAGCUGAUUAUAAACCAUUCAUAGCGGAUCCAGAGACUACCUUUUAUCAAACUUCAAGACUUCUAAGAAACAGGAUCCGGAAACUGUGUAACAUGACAUUUUAUGUAUCACCAUCUCCGUUGGUUGAAUACGAAAGGAUAGGUAUCAAUGUCACCGUACCUAAAGGUUGUGAGAAAGAUCCCGAUUAUCAACCUGCUUUGAUGUACUGGGACAAUGUAAAUGAGCAAUGGGUUCAUAUAGAUGAAGGCUGCAGAGAUUAUCUCACGGCAGUUAUGUCUUCCGACAUAUACCAAGCAGAGUUGUGUAAGAAAAAUAAAGAGACAAACACUUUGACAAAAAGAGCAUCGACUGCAACAUUACAAACUCCCAAAGAUUUCACUUUAGUCCAGAUAAACCGAAAAUUUCCAAAUAAUCCACCGACAAUCAUAACUGAAGUGGUACAUUUUCUUGAAGAUACUUCGGACGAAGUAUUAAUCCAAACUGUAGAUCUGGAAAACGAUACACUUCUAUUCGAGAUAACAGAAGAUCCGACAUCAAUGGACUGUGAAAUAACCCAAAAUUCAAGCGGCAAACUCAAUUGCACGCCUUUUGAAGAUUUUUAUGGUACGGAUUAUAUUAAAGUAAAAAUAACGGAGACUGGACUGCCACCCUUUGAAGAAGCUUUAGUUUAUGAAAAAUUGAUUACGAUAAAUGUAUCAGGAAUUCCAGAUAAAACAGAUAGGUAUUUUAAAGAUCCAAAUGGAACGGUACAUUCGGACAUACGACCGUCUAUGACCAAGGUCUUUACUGUAAAUGCAAAUCGGUCAUCAUUUUUCAGUGCUGGAAAGAUUUUGUUAGCAGACGUAGACGGUAAUGAAGUGUUUACGGUGCACGAGAGUUUCGAGAAGCUUGGUAAUUCAACCUUCACGUUGUCAGCUACAGACAUUUUAACGAUUCAACUCGACAAUGUGACUUCAAGAACAUACCGAAGUUUAGAAGCAUACGAUGUCGGGUUCAAGUUUUCUCCGGAGGAAAGCGGCAAUAUGAGUCUUAAAUUCAUUGCACGAACAGCGGACGGUCGUUACACACCAUCUAUGACAGUUGAGCUGUAUGUUCUUGAAAAUCCUUGCAUAUAUGGUCACUGCAGUCCCUUGGGGAAUGUCGGAUGUGACGACAUAAAACGCUCUACGUCAUUUGCAGACUUCAAGUGCGUGUGUAACCCUGGAUAUGAGGGCGAAUGGUGCCAGACUGAAACAAACGAAUGUCAGUGGGAGCCUUGUGCAUUAAUGUUUGACUGUGAAGAUUUGAUAAACGCUUACAAAUGUAACAUCAACAUACCUAAGCUCAUGGCUAUUCUGAUAUGUUCCAUAAUUGCAAUUGGAGGAGCUUCAUUCUUGGCGUGGAAGCUGAUCAAAAGAUUCGGUCUGUAUACGGUGAACAAAGUAACCCCGAGCAGGGUCGACUUAAAGGAAUUUGAGUUCAAUGAGACUUUUGAGAUGGACGAGGAACGACCUACAACCAGUGGUUCAAUCUUGCUCGAACCGGCUAUGCCCAGCACCCCUGCACCAUCCACAUCCAUUGGGUCAUUCCGGCUAAAAUCUGAUGGUGACGAUAUUGCUGCGGUAACGUCAUUUACAAAAGCUCCAGGAAUGAUGCUUCCACCACAUCAUGCCUUUAGACCCAAAGGAUUUGGACCUUCAAAGAUGGUGUUUAAGACUGGUAAACUCCACGAAGACAUUUUGAAACCAAAGGAUCUGGAUAAAGCAGACGAAAGAGACGUGUCGUCACAGUCAUCCGUUGAAACAUCCAAUAGGUCAGUGAAUGGUGACCUCCAAGAUUCAAUUCCGGAAGCAGAGAAGAUGGAUGACGCACAGAGAGGGAGCGUAUCGUCGCUGUCAUUCACUGAAUCACCGGCUCGAUCGGUGACUGAUGAUUCUGCCAGCGGCAUCACUAAGAUUGAUGUUUAGCGCGUGGGAGCAUGCUACUAUUGAAGGCUUUCUUUACCUGUAAAGGACAUGUUUUUUUUUACCUUUUUCAUUCUUUUUUUUAAUUUUAAUCCUGAUCUUUUUUACUUAUUAUUAAGUUAGUAUUUGAUCCAUAUCAAUCCAAUGUGGAGAGAUGUAUGUGAUUUGGAUGUAAAAACAUUGAAAUCUUUUCUGCUCUGAAAGAUAAACACAAUAUUUUGCAGCCAUAAAAUUAACAAACUUUAUUGAGCUGAACACAAUUGCAUUUUGCAUGUAUAUACGCGCUGAUGAGUUAGUUUUGAUAAAUCUGUAAGAUAAAGUGUUUCUAUCUUUUUGCUACCUGUAGUGAUGCAAGUACAGUCAAAACUUAUUUUGUGCUCACCUUUUCUGUGUGUAGAGCCAUUGCGUUUUUUCUUCUUUUUUGAAAAAAAAAGAUUGUAUAAGAAACAUUGUUACAAGUCUAAACAAGUCGCCUUUAUCAAAUAAAGAUAUUUUGGUAGAGACUAUUCAUAUGUUCCUAUAGUAAUUCUAUAAGCCUGGUAAAGGCGCGUAUUUUCACAUGUCAAAAGAGUUUAUUGAUCGCUCGACACCUUUUAAUUUGACAACUCGCAUACUGUAUUACGUUACUGCUUGUGGCCGCAGAAUGUUUGAAUUUCAGCUCUGUUUGAUGGAACUACAUAUAUCAUUCAUUACAUUAUACAUUUGCAGUUUAAAUUCAAAGUGAUACAAAAUUACAAAAUAUAUUCGGCAACACUCUUUCUGCAAACUACUGUUUGACAUUUGCAAAAUAACAACACUUCAAUGAAAUUGAAUUAAAAAUAAUUGUUGGCACAAGACAUAUUUACAUAACAUACUGAAGGUUUUAAUGUAGCUGAAAUAAAAAAAUAGAAAGAAUUAUGUGCGCAUGAAUACGGUUCCCAUAAACUUGUUGAUAAACCCACUUAUCAUUAGAGUUCAUUUUUGAUUUCUAUUAUAAAAUGCUUCUAUAAGUAUUGUUUUCUGUCUGCCUUGUCUUGCAGCUUAUAGCAACAAAAUAUUUACUUCUUGAAAUAAAGCUUCUUGUUAUUCA